CAGCUGCGGCGGCUGUCACCGCUGCUUCUGGGUCUGUGGAGCUGAGAUGACGACUGUGGGGAGGCCGGCGGGAGCCUCUAGCAGCUCGGAGGGCAGCCAGCAGAUAUUUCCCCCCAAAUCCUCCUCGGACACAGAGACAGAAGAGCUGUCUGGUGAUGGACUGGCAUUGCCCAGAGCUGGCAAGCUCGAUGAGUUCCUCAGUCCCGAUGAUGAGACAGAUUCCACUUCUGACUCAAUUGGGAGCUUCUUCGAGAUGCUACAGGAGCUAAAGCAGAAAGGCAGGUGGUGCCUAUUGAAAUCCGUUUACCCAUCUACCUCAGAUAGUGAUGAGAAACUCUCAGAAGAUGAUGAGGACCUGGAGAGCUUCUUCCAGGACAGAGGCAGGGGGAUGCCGCAGUGUCCGAGGAACAGCUCCAGGAGGCGCUGCAGCUCUCUCAGCAGCCUUCCCUCCAGCACCCCGAGAGAUCCGCCCCAGCCCCACUCCAGGCCCGCCUCCCAGCACAGAAGUGUAAGCUCCUGGGCAUCCUCCAUCACUGUCCCUCAGCCCUUCCGCAUGACACUCCGUGAGGCCCGGAAGAAGGCCCAGUGGCUGGCGUCUCCGGCCUCCUUUGAGCGGGAGAGGCAGCAGGCCCAGAAGCAAGGCCAAGAGGAAGCCGAGUGCCAGCGGCAGUUCCGGGCACAGCCUGUGCCUGCACAUAUCUACCUGCCCCUCUACCAGGAGAUGGUGGCGCACAAGGAGGCCCGCCGGCUCGCAGGAAUCCAGAAGCGGAAGGAGUUCCUCCUGUCUUCCUUGAAGCCCUUCAGCUUUGUGGAGAAGGAGGCGCAGAGAAAGGAAGCUGCUCGACAGAGGGAACUGGCCGCCUCAGCAAGGGCCAACACCCCUAAGCCGAAGGCCACCAGAAAGAUCCCCAAGUCCAUUCUAGAGCCAGCCCUUGAGGAAAAACUGCAAGAGGCUGAGCUCUUCAGGACAAUGCGCAUCCAAGUGAGAGCCCUGAACAUGCUCCAGAUGGCCUCCUCCCCCAUCAGCGCCUCUAAAGGCCGGGCGGACGCACAGCCUCGCACAGCCACCCGGACCUGGGAGAAGCAUCUCGGCUUCCUCAACAGGGACUUCGGCUUCCAGCCCCGGGUGAACCCUGUGGUCCCUGACUAUGACCGCCUGUACAAGGCCUUCCAGAGGAGAGCGGCCAAGAGAAGGGACACCCAGGAGGCGACUCGCAACAAGCCCUUCUCGCUGAGAACCGCCAGCCUGCAUCGCCCUCGGCGGCCCUGUGAUGUGGUCACCUCUGGAGGACAGAAGGACUCUCCACAGCCACCCGCCACCCCACUGCCCAGGAGCCGUUCUGUGAGUGGCCUUGCGUCCCUCUCUGCCAACACGCUCCCAGUGCACAUCACAGAUGCCACCAGGAAGAGGGAAUCUGCAGUUAGAAGUUCACUUGAAAAAAGGGACAAAGCAAAUGAGAGUGCUCAAUGGUUGGAGAAGCACAAAAAGAAGUGCCAAGCGAUGUCUAAGUCUGUGACCUUGCGUGCGAAAGCCAUGGAUCCCCACAAAAGUCUGGAAGAGGUAUUCAGAGCCAAGCUUCGAGAGAACCGGAACAAUGACCGUAAAAGAACAAAAGAGUACAAGAAAGAAUUGGAGGAAAUGAGAAAGAGAAUACAAACAAGGCCUUACCUUUUUGAACAAGUUACCAAGGACCUCGCCAGGAAAGAAGCAGAACAAAGGUAUCGAGACACCCUUAAGCAGGCUGGGCUGGAUGAAGACUUUGUGAAGAACAAGGGUGAGGGCGCUUGGGCUGUGCGAUGGAAGGGUCAGCCAGAAGCCCGUGACUAUCCCAGUGCCCACGAAACUACAGAACUCAGCAUCAAAAGUCCACCGCAGGAUUUAGAAGAAUCUUUGGAAUGGCCUUUAAGUCCCAAGAAAGAAUCGGAGGAUCUAUCUCAUGAAUUGAUGGAGAAUUUCAAAUCACUGGCUUGAUCAUUAAAAUUAGUCUAUUAACAUUGAGUCAAGUCAGACAAGAUUGAAUUUUGAGUCAAAGUUUUUGGGAGAAUGAGAAACUGUAGCAGAUUGGCAGGAAUGAUUCAAGUAAAAGUGCCAGUCACAGUGAAUGGAUCUCAGUCAAUUUAAGAGCUUUAGGAGCUGGAGAUAUGGUACAGGACUAAGGCACUUGCCUCUCAUGCCACCAACCCUGAUCCAGAGUUCACAGCCAGCAAUAGCCCCUGAGCACUGCUGGCAGUGACCUAAACUUCUCCCAUCACCUCGUCCCCGCCCCAGUACCCCCUCGCCAAAAAAAGUUCUGGCUUAAUACUAGAGGGGUUAAGGCACUUGCCUUGCAUACAGGUGAGCCUGACUCAAUCUCUAGCACCACUUGGUUGCCCCCACCUGGAAUACAAAAGUGAAGAGUAGCUGCUCAUCCAGCACUGCCAAGUAUGGCCCAAAACAAUUGUUUUUUUUUUUAAAAAAACAGCAACCCUCUGUUUUUGUGCCUCAGAUUAUAAAUACAGAGAAAGGAGGUAAGUUCAAAUCUAUAAGGGUAGUCAGGAAAUGUCAGGAUCAAAUGAACUAGUUUUAAGAUGGUAGGAGACAGUGAAGUCUGGAGCAUACUAACCCUACUGGAAUACAAGUCCAGAAUUACCAGGCCAAUUGCGUUAGGACACAAAUCAAGCACCUGUACCACGCCCCUGAAUUUUAUCCCUUCCACUCAAAAAUGAAAAAUUACUUGGAAAUAGUCUGUGAGUAAAACAACUUACCUAGAGAUGACAAGUUUGCAACUUCUAAUGUUAAUUACAAGUGCAACAUUAACAUCUUGGUCCAGGUAAGUGUUUGACGGGAGAGAAAGAUGUCGGGUGUGUUAUAUGCAGCACCCGUGGCUUCUACUCAUUAUAUGUCAGAAACAGCCUCUCCCCAGGAGCACAAUCAACAAUGUCUCAAGGUAUUGCUGAAUGUCCCCAAGGCUUGUGGGGACAUCAUAUAUAUAAAAAUUGACAUUUUAAGAAUAUGUUGACACAAUCUCAGUCUGCAUAGCAGAGUUGACUCUGCAUGUCAUCAACUUAUUUAUUUAAAACAUGGCUAGCUCUUUAUCUGUUUAGAAUGUACCACGGUUGUGUAUAUAUCAGCCUGAGGUUCAUUUUAAAUAAAUCUGAAUCUUCUCUGACAACCA